AUGUCCUUUUUGAGUCAAGCAUUUGAGAUAUAUGGCGUUGCCUUUCGCUUCCUUCUCCUGGCGUCUAUCUUCCUCUUCCGGAACACCGCAGCCUAUCUAGGGGCUGCCUUCGAAUUCAGCCGCCAGUUCAUGUACAAAUGGACAGUGAACUGGAAAAUCCUACCUGAAAGCGUCUUUCUGGACCGUCGUUUCCAUGCUGCUUUGCUUGGCCUCCACAUCCUCCUUCUUGCCUUCUUUCUUAUUCGCUUUAUCAGGUCGCGUGGAGGUUUGAUGCAAUUCUUAGACCUGAUGCCUCCAAGCAAGCGGAGGGAGAAGCUUAAUCCAGAAGACGUUGUCUAUCCGAUGUUCGUCACAAACUUCAUCGGCAUCGCUUUCAGCCGUUCCCUGCACUACCAGUUUUAUGUUUGGUACUACCACACCAUUCCAUACCUUCUCUGGUCCGUGCCCGCCUUCUCCAACUCAAUUCGCAGUGCAAAUCUGCAUGCCUGCCACCUCGUCCUCCUUAUUGGACUGGCAAUGAGCGCGCUCCCGGCUCCCCACGAUGCGCCUACGGCGAAACAGACCACGGGACCAAAUGCCGGAAAGUCAAAGAAACUAAAAAAGAACUGA